UAGAGUAGUGGCGGGAAACCGAUGCCAUCCAACUGAAACCAGUGGACGGGAAGCGAGCACCAGCCAGCUACCACCACCUCCUCCUCCUCGCCGGCCGUCGCCCUCUGCCAAGAACGAGCUCUAGACGGUCACCUCUCAUCGGUCGAUCGGUUCUCCCUCUCCCAUGGCGGCGACCCAGCCUCUGCGCCUCGUCAGGCCGACCCCGCUCGCGCGCGGCCGGUGCAAGUGCUCCGCCGCCGUCCCGCUCGUCUUCGGCCGGCAGCGGCUGCCGCUCCUCGUCGCCUUCCCUCGCGGCUCCGGCUCCGGCGCCUCCUGCUCCGCCGUGCAGGAAUCAUCCGCCGCCGCGGCCGCCACCACUGUAAGUGAGAAGAAGGAUGCGGCCGAUGACAAGAAGGAAGCCACCGCAGAGGCAAAGCCCGCAGCGAGUAAGCCUGCCGCGAAGCCGAAGAAGCCUCCGGUGAAGGCGCUGCCGGAGAUGAUGCAGGAGGAGAUCAUCCCCCCGCUGAUGGCGGCUCUGGAGGCGGAGGAUGACGUGUCCCAAGUGGAGCUCUCCUUCCAAGACAACAGGUUGGAGGGCUCCUUCGUUAAGGACGACGUUCCCUAUUACUUCUGGGCCUUCUUCCCAAAUGGAGACCUCACAGGACCAAAGGGCUUUGCGCUUUCAUCGUAUGCCACAGAAGUGAGCACCAUCGAGCCCUUUCUGAUCGAUGAGAAGAGGGCAAAUGCCAAGUAUGUGGUGUUCUGGGUCUACAAGAGGCUGGCUGGCCAAGGGAUCCUCCCUGUCUGGAAGGAAGAGGAGGGUGAGGGUGAGGGUGAGUCUGCAGAGUAGCCACUCAAAAAAGAGCAGAGAUGUAUAGACACAGGUUGCUCUGAGAGUCUGAAUAUACAUUGAGCAUGCCUAAUUGUGAAUGCUGUAAAGAUGUAAAGUCCAUCUGCUAAUAUAUCACAGAUAAUCUUGAUGUUCUUUUUGGAAGGAA